AUGAAAAUGAAAAAUUGCCUGAUAAUGACGAAAUAAUGGUGGCCAAUGAUGAUGGUUUAAAUGACCAAUCAUCAUUGUCUUCUACAUCAUCAUCAUCAUCAUCAUCAUCGUCAUCAACAUCCUCAACAUCAUGGCAUUCAUCGUCAUCAUCGAAACAGAAACCAAUAUCAUCAUUAAAUAAUGAUGAUGAACAUAUAGAAAAAUUUUCAUCAAAUAAUAAUAAUGAUGAUGAUAAAAAAUUAAAACGGAAAAUAGAUAAAUCGUCACAGGAAGAAGAGAUUGUUGAAAAAUUAAUGAAUCAAGUUCAAUCUUAUAUAAAUGAAUGUUUUGAAAUGGAUGAAAUAUCAGACAAAAAUCCAAAUAAUAAUAAUAAUAAUAAUGAUUCAUCAUCAUCAUCGACAACAACAAAAUCAGUGAUUCAUGACAAUCAACAACAACAAGAUUCACCACCAUCAGUUGCUAUUUUACCAAUCGAUAUAAAUAAUCAACAACAACAAAAUUUAAUUGAAACACGGCCAUUAUUUAAUGUGACAUCAGUCAAUAAUAACAACGACAACGAUAAUAACAAUAAUAAUAAAGUGAUGACUAUACCAACAAUUUCAAUUACGAAUGAACAUGGACAAGAUCGACGAAUAAGUAUCGAUACAAAUCAUAAUUUUGAUACAACAAUAAUGAAUAAUAAUAAUAAUAAUCCAUUAUAUGAUCAACAACAACAACAAAAACAACCAAAAGUGGCAGUUGUGAUUAAAAAUGUUUCAUUUUCAUAUACAAAAUCAACUAAUGUUUUAUCUAAUAUUAGUUUGGUUAUUCCAAAAGCUCAAAUAUUUGCAUUACUCGGUGCAAGUGGAUGUGGUAAAACAACAUUAUUGAGGAUUAUAUUGGGUAGAUUAAAACCGAAAAAAGGUAGUGUACAUGUAUUUGGUGCACGACCGGGCGGUAUUCAUUCAAAUAUUCCUGGUAGUGGUGUUGGUUUUAUGCCACAAGAAUUAGCAAUGUUUCCAUCAUUUACGAUUGGUGAAACAUUAUAUUAUUUUGGUUUAUUACAUCAUAUUCCUAAAGAUGAUAUUAUUAAAAGAACGGAUUUUAUGAUCGAACUAUUAAAUUUACCGCCUAAAAAUCGAAAAAUUGAACAAUGUAGUGGUGGCCAACAACGUCGUGCAUCAAUUGCAUUAACAUUAUUUCAUUCACCACCAUUAUUGAUAUUGGAUGAACCUACUGUUGGUGUUGAUCCAUUAUUACGUUUAAAAAUUUGGCAAUACUUAGAACAUUUAUGCAUCAAUAAUCGAAUGACCAUCAUUAUUACAACACAUUAUAUUGAAGAAUCACGUCGAGCUAAUAAUUUAGCAUUUAUGCGUUUUGGUAGAAUUUUAGCACAAGAUACACCAGAUAAUUUAUUGCAAAAAUACAAUACAACCGUAUUGGAAGAUGUAUUUUUAAAAAUAUGUCAACAUGAUUGUGGUGAAAUUAAACAAAAACAUUCAAUAAAAAAACAAGAUUCAACACAAGAAACAACCGACAUCUAUGAACCUGAAUUAGAAGCAAUACGUUCAAAAUUUUAUAAUUUUACUGUUGAUAAAAUACGUUUGAAAGCAUUAUUUUUCAAAAAUAUUGUCAAUCUUAAAAGAAAUCCAUUAUUAUUUUUUUUCUUUCUAUUAUUGCCAACAAUACAAAUUAUUUUAUUCUGCAUAUCAGUAUAUAAAUCACCGGAUAAUAUUGAUAUAGCUGUUUUCAAUAAUGAUACAAAAUCACUUUCAAAACGUUUUUUGGAUUUAAUUGAUGAACGAUUACUUCAUGUAAACCAUUAUGAUACAUUGGAUAAAGCAAUACAAUCGGUAAUCGAUGGAAAAUCAUGGAUAGCUAUCGAAAUGAGUGAUCAAUUUUCUACUGCAUAUCGUCGUCGGGCAAAAAAUCCAUCCGAUUUAAGUGAAACAGAUUUUAAUAAUAGUAAAAUCAAACUAUAUCCCGAUCAAACGGAUAAUUUUAUACAUAAUGUUAUCGAUAAUUCAUUAUUGAAUUCAUAUCAAAAAUUUGUUGAAGGUGUUGCCAGUUCAUUUGGCUAUAAUCCAAGUACAGUAAGAUUACCUGUUUUGGUUAAAGGAAUUAUUUAUGGACAUUUAGAUCUGGAAAAUGGUUAUGUACUUUUGGACAAUUUAAUUGCCGGUUCAUUAGUAGCUAUUAUUUAUACAACACCAUUAUUAAUGUCCGGUAUGGUAUUGGUAAUGGAAAGAAAAGAUAAUAUUAUUGAAAGAACAUUUGUUAAUGGUGCUACAUCAAUUGAAGUAUUCUUAACACAUUUAAUAACACUUAUGUUCAGUUUAAUUGUACAAGUGAUAAUAUUAUUGUUUGUUUCAGUUAUUGUAUUCGAUGUAACAGUAUUAGGAUCAUUAUUUGAAGCAUAUUUAAUGCUUUAUUUACAGGGUUUAACCGGUAUAUUUAUCGGUUUAUUCAUAUCGGCAAUAUCAAAAAAUGAAAUUGUUGCUUUGUUAUUAUCACUUGGUAUGGUAUUUCCAUUAUGGAUGAUAAGCGGUGUAUUCUGGCCAUUAGAAUCAAUUGAUGCUUGGUUACAGAAAAUAUUUUGGAUAGCACCAUUAUCAUAUCCAAUUCGUUCAUUACAACAUAUAUUUAGACGUGGAUGGUCAUAUCAACAUUAUGAAGUAUUUAUGGGAUAUGUUAGCAGUUUAACUUAUAAUAUUAUAUUGUUUGUGACAAACAUCCUCGUCUUUCAUUUUACCUCUCAAUAAUUAUUAUAUAGUCGUUUUCAACUUUUUUUGUUAUUUUAUUUUUAUUGGAAAAAAACAAACUUUCUACAAUUUUAUGUAUUACAUUUCUUUAUUUUGUUUUUUUUUGUUUUGUUUUGUUUUUGAGCUUUUUUUUCCAAACAAACAGUCAAAUAAUCCAAGUAAAUUUUCAAUGAAACACACCAAACACAAAUUACCAUUAA